AGAUUAUGAAAUUGCAUAUAAAAUGUAGUAUCAAGAAAAAUCGGAGAAUAUAAGUUUUGCAUAUUUAUUUUUUAAUGAAGAUAUUGGGUAGAAACUUAUCCAUUACUUGAAAAAUGAGAGAAAGAUUAACUAGACAACUCUCUGUCGCGAUAGAUAUCCAUCGUUAAACAAACGGGAAUUUAACCUUGGCUUUAUCGAAACGAUUCUCUCACUCUAUGCAUGCAUAAAUAACGUCUUGUACACACGUCAAAGUUUGCAGUUCUCUCCAGUCGAAGACUCGAAGACUUGUCAAAGAUGUUCGUUUCCUAAGAUUAAGGAAGCGAAUCGAUGGCGACAGGAAAUCUCAUUCGAUCGAGUCGAAGGCCAAACAAGAUCUUCCAACAUAAAAUGAAAAUUAGCAGUUGAAGAAUAAAAAAAUCUGAAGAAAAUCAGAAAGAGAUUUCUUUGGUCAUCGAUUGUUGAAACGCUCUUUGAUAAUUCUCAAUUCUGUUUUUUGAGAAUCAUGAGAAUUCAAAUAAUUUACUUGUGUCUGACCAUCAUUGGCUUUCAUCUGGGCGAUUGCAUAUCCUUCAUGGAUUUCUUGUAUAGUAUACUUCAAGCAGGCGGGAAAAAAAUUAAUGCAUAUGAAAUUUCGUAUCCUAUGGCAAGCAGCGACAUACGAAGACAACCAAUCAUUCCUAAUAACGUUUCGUUUCCUUGCAACGUUCGUUCUGGCAGAUCCAUGUCAAUACCAAACAACGUUCAUCGGUUAAGACCAGGUGACAUCGAUGUAAUCGGUGGUCUUGGUGAUUCCUUAGUUGCUGGAAAUGGCGCUAUGGAAGAGUUCGCUGUAGGAACCUUCAUCGAGGCACGCGGGGUCAGCUGGUGCGCCGGAGGCCAAGGCGAUUGGAGACAAUUUCUUACGCUUCCUAAUGUAUUGAAGAUAUUCAAUCCGAGGUUAAUCGGAUAUUCUACCGGCACAGGUGAGUUUCAUUCAACUUCGGCGAAACUAAACAUCGCCUUUCCAGUUGCCGCUACUGAAGAUGCAUUGCUGCAAGCGAAAAUCUUGGUGCAGAGAAUUAAAAAUGAUCCGAAAAUAAAUGUGGAGAAACACUGGAAGCUUAUUACGAUCCUGUUUGGAGCUAAUGAUAUUUGCUCGGCGCAAUGUUACAAUCCACAACAGUUUUCGCCAAUGCGUUAUGCCCUGCAUUUACGAAGAACGCUUGAUUUCUUAAGAAUCGCGCUUCCUCGCACGCUGGUCAAUCUGAUUCCAACCAUAGAUGUUACGGUAUCGAUUAGAGUAAAGCGAAGUACUAUGUGCAAGCUAUUGCAUCCUCUUUAUUGCGCCUGUAUGCACAAAGGUAACCGGCCGGAAAUUGUUGCAUCGAACAUGUCACGACUUUAUCAACAAGCCGCCGAAACUUUAAUAUACUCAGGAAGGUACGAUACAUCCCCGGAUUUUACAGUGGUAUUACAACCAUUUACUAAAUUAUUCAAUGCACCUAAUGCAGAUCCUAAUCAUGCACCGCCGAUCGAUUCUACUUUGGUCACAUACGAUUGUUUCCAUUUUAGUCAGAAAGGACAUGCUCUCGGAGCCAAUCUUUUAUGGAACAAUAUGUUGGAACCGGUUGGAAGCAAAACGGAAAACGGAUUACCUAAGAUACUAGAGAAAGUACUCUGCCCUACAGAGAGUGCACCCUACAUUUUUACAAACGUUAAUUCGCGUUUUUUUCAAAUGACCGGUAGACAAGAUGAAAUUGUGCCUAGAUAACGUAAGAUUGACAGUAAUAAAACAUAAUUUACGACAAUAUUUAUGUAAUACAUAAUAAGAUAUCGAACAAAUUGAAUGAGAUGAUAAUCAUUUUAAUAUAUAU